AUGCCCAUCUCGCUGCUGCUCAUGAUGAUGGUGAAGCUGGUUCUGCUGGGACGCGAAGUAGUGCUCGGUCUCCGCCGCCAGGAGUAAGGAGCAGCGCGACGUAGAGCGGCGUGUCCUUGCAGGCCUCGUGCUCCCCGAUAACACCAUAGCGCGCCCGCCGUCGGCUGGUGUGAACGGGGGCGUGGCGGUGGCGGGGCGUGGCGGGGCGGGCCUGACGCGCGACGGCACGCGCUGCCGCAGUCUCCUCCUGGAGCCCACUCACACCAGCGCGUCCAGCAUGACGGUUCCCCUGGGCCGCCGGGUGGCAGCCGCAGCGCUGUCGGUGGUCAUCGCCCUCGCCUCGGCCUCUGCGGAGGCCUUGGCCGCCUCGGCCUCCGCCUCCGGCUCACCGUCCAGCCCCUCGGCGACGACCGCCGGCGGCGAGGUCCGCGGCCUCCGGGUGCCGGCCGAGCGGGGCGCACCCGCCUUCGACGCCUUCCUCGGCAUUCCUUACGCCAAGCCGCCCCUCGGCCCCCUGCGCUACAAGUUUCCUAAACCCGCCCAACCCUGGGACGGUGUCCGGGACGCGACCGCCGACCCGCCCGCCUGCGCGCAGAUCAACGACCGCAGCGCGACCAAGGAGGUCGUCGGCCAGGAGGACUGCCUGUACCUCAACGUGUACAGGCCAGAGGGGGCGGAGGCGCUGCCCGUGGUCGUGGUCGUGCCCGACGGCGGCCUUCUGCUCGCCUCCGGCCGCAUGGACCACUUCGGCCCCCACUUCCUCGUCGCCCAGCGGGUCGUCGUCGUCUCCGUCAACUACCGCACCGGACCCUUCGGCUUCCUCAGUCUUGACUCGGAUGAGAUCCCCGGCAACGCGGGGCUGAAGGACAUCGUGGCAGCGCUUCGAUGGGUCAAAACCAACAUCGCAGCAUUUGGCGUUGACCCCUCUAAGACAACCGUUCUGAGCUGGUCCUCUGGGGCCAGCCUGGUCCACAUCCUAUCCCUACUGCGUAAACCCCGAGAGCUGUUCUCGCGCGCCGUGCUCCUGUCGGGCCACGGCAUCUCCCCCCGGGCCUACACGGAGCGUCACCUCGAGCGAGCCGCCGUGGUGGCCGAGGCCCUCGGCGCCCCCAGCAACGGCAGUCACCAGGAAGUGCGCCGCGCCCUGAUGGAGGCCAGCGCCGAGGCCCUGCUGCGCGCGUGCGACGACCCGCGGGUGCGCCUGCUGGGGCUGCCGCUGCCGUCCCCGGAGCGCCGCAACACGAAGGGCGCGGAGCCCAAGCUGCUGCGCCAGGACCCGGAGAGCCUCCUGCGCCAGCCCGAGGCGCCGCCGCUGCCCGUGCUCAUGGGCCUGGCCGGGCGCGAGGGUUCCUUCCCGUACAAGAUAUGGGGCCUGGGCGAGCGGACCCCGGGGGCGCUGGACGAGCUGCUGCCCCGGCUCCUCCCGGCUGACGUGCUGCCGGGCGCGGACACGGCCGGGCAGCUGGGGCUGACGGGGACCCUCGGGCCGGGGCCGCUGCCCAAAGACGCCUCCCUGCGCCUCGCCCAGCUCGUCCGGGACGAGUACGCGGCCGGGGGCGCGAUAGGCAACAACACGGACACCUUCAUCGAGUUCCUGGGGGACGCGUUCCUGUACGCCAGUGCGUGGAGGGCCGUGGGCUUCAUGGCCAACGCCUCGACGGAGGCCGCGCCGCUGUACCUCUGCAGGAUGGCCGUCGACGACGCCUACAACUACGGGAAGAAGAAGUAUGGCGUGGUGACUGAAGGCGCGUCCCACGGAGAUGACAUCGGCUACCUCGGUAGAUCGGACCGGGACCCGGAGCUGAACCAGAACUUGAGCGGCGGCGGGGUGGCCUCCAAGACACUCAUCCUCAUGACCAAGAUCGUCGGCAACUUUGCAAAGGGCCUGGCGCCCAUCGAGGGCUGGCCCGCGGUGCCCUCCGUCGGGGAGGUGCAGUCCUGGCCGGUGCUGCAGGUGGGGCCCGGGUCGCGGCGCCACGUCGAGCACGCCGACGGCAAGCGCCAGCCCUUCUGGGCCUCCGUGUACCGCGACCUGCGCUCCGCGUCCUCCACCAUCUCGCGGAGCUGAAGGAAGCCCGACCGUGAAGGGAACUACCCCCCCCCCACCUAAAAGUGACUUCUUAGGUUUCAAGCAAAAGUGGUAAUUUCCCAGCACUUUCAGCACUUUUCCCUUCUUGAAAAUGACUAGUUUUGCUUGAAAACCAAAGCAGUCACUUUUAGCGUGCACACCCCCACCCGCCCCGAAGCCAAUACCUGAUUCCUCAUUGCCCCGCCGCAACUUCUGACGCGUAAUCAAGACAAGCCGCCUGUCUGCCCGGUCCGGCCCGGCCCAGCCCGGCACUCAAAAAAGUCUCGUAAGAAACUUUAGCUCCGGCUUUUCCAUUCUAUUUCAAAUUAUUCUCCUUGUGAUUACUUUUUCCCUGACUCGGGAGUGGGGACAGGGAAUGGUGAGGAAGAGGGGCGAUUUUUUUUUCGAGUCCACGAAAGGGAGACUUCGAAAUGCGGCGGUUGCUGCUGCUGCUGCUGCUGCUGAACACACAGACCAACUUCCGACGUUGGUCAGUCAGAGCCGUUCCACCCCGCGACCACCAGAACUGCGUUGGGGAGGGAGAAGGGGGUUGGGGAGUGGAGGUUGCACAAAAUUAAAUCUGGGAUGUUCCCGGAAGCGACGAGAUUGUUUCCCGGCUCCAGGUCGUUUGAGAUCUCUGUGUCAUAAUGCAAUAAAAAGACCGCAUAGUUGCCCCGGGCUGCAGCGAUGCGAUGCAGUCCAAAGCAUCUGUACUUUGUCGAGCGCUGGAUUGGACGACCACCACUCUGCAUCCUUGCCUUUCCAACUGAAACAGUGCAUCCGAUAUUUAUUUUAAACCUUUUGAACGACUUUCAUCGUACUAUCGUCUGGCAAGCAAAUGGAUAUUCCAAAAUUAUCAGCCAUAGAGCGACAAUUGCAAGCGUCGCUCUUUCAGAAGAAAUUGUUAAUGUAAAUCAAGCCCUUUUGUCUGGGCUGGGAUUACCACAAUAAAUACCAUGCUCGUUUUAAAAAUGGGAACAGGCGUACACGAGGGGGCAAUAACUCCGGGAAUCAUGUGUACACCUGUCUGGGAAUCAUCGGGUUAAAAAUUGAUCAAAAUCAAUAGAAAUCGCUUAGAAUAAGCGGGAAACUAGAGAAAUAAGUACAAAUCAGUCGAAAUAAGCGUUUUAUACCACCAAAACCCCCCGAAAAACCUAUGUAAUAAUUAUAAGCGGACGGGAAUCACCGGGAAUCAAGAAUUUCGGGAAUCAUGUGUGCACUUCAAAAGGGAGUUAUUGCCCCCUCGGGCGUACAGAAAACAUGUGUCCACACUAAAUGUAUUAAUUUGUAAAUUUUUGAGCAAAUGUUCGUUCGUGCUAAGUUAAACCAACGUUUUGUUUUGGACAAAUUUAUAUGUGUCUAAAUCAACGCAGGAAUGUGUGCAAAAACUUACAGCAUAAAUUCGUAGAAAUUAAAAAUACAAACCAGU